AGUAAAAUAAAACGAAUCUCACGCAAAACUCUCCUAAUGUAUCAAGACAAGAGUUAAGAGGUGUAUAUCAACCUUAAGAUUACUGAUCUGAAAUCCCGUGCGGAGGCUUACUUCCGUAUACAACCUCGUAAGUUCAUGAUCAGCUACAAGGGCCUGCUUUUCGUAUACGAAGAUCCCUUGGAGAUAAUCAAGGGGCUCUCUAGUAUUGAAAAGAAGUUAGAGAAACACAAAAUAGAGUGCAACAAGAACUUCAUUGCUUACUUAAAGAAAGCUCUAAGCGAGAAAGGCGCAGAUCCUUUCAGAGUCAAGAUUAUUGAUCUGCAGAGAUGGUAGGGCAAACAUCAGCAAGACUCUGAUGAAGAGGUCAAGAUCGGAGAAGAGGAAAAGGUUGAUAAGGAAGCCCUAGCUGAGAGGGUCGGGUUUGUGUAUCUUUUUAAGGAGAUUACCAAAUUUGACUUUGAUCUGGCCUCGAUCAGGGGCAUGCCAGAUCUUAUUAAUGAGCUCAGCAAGCAGCUUAAGCCACAAAAUGAAGCUAAAGGCAAGGAGUUCCACGAGCCUUAUAGUUUGAACAUUACAACAAUUGGGCUGGAAGACCACAAGAGUUGAAUAGGUUGAUCAUGGGCUUGGCGAACUCGGACUUGAGGCUAAAACUGGAGAAAGUAGAUUUUGGAGGGUUCUGGGGGUGGAGAGAGGGUUUGUGAAGAGGAUAUUGAGGCAGAAUGGGUUAGGACGUGUAGAAAUUAGUGGGCAUUUUGAGGAAGAUGAGAGCUUUUUUGAUUUGUGUUGAGAAUCUGAGAGUUAAGUGCAGAGAAUGUUAGUUUUGAUGAUGUUAUGUGGUCAUAAGUUAUUUAAAAAUAAGCUGAUGCUUAUAAAAGUAACAAUUAACGACUCAAUAU